AAGGCUCCUUUACCUCUGUAUUCGGACCCUAUUUACAUAUAUACACAUCAUUCCUCUUCUCUCUCUCUCUCUCUUCAAAGCUUCGGACCCGUCCGAAGCUCUUCGCUUUGCAGAGCUAUACCUAAUAUUAUUGACAGUCAAGUGCCUGGAAAUGCAAAAAGAUGUGUUUGAACGCUGAUUUUUCCUUCCCCAAAGCCUGUGAGGUUGGAUGUCAAAACAGGGUACUACGGUUUAUUCUUGAUAAAGUUGGACAGAUGGAUCGUAGCAGAUUCAAUCUUUGUACCCAGAAGCACAAUGAAGCCACAAGUUACAAUCUGCAUGUCCAGUCGAAGAACAAUCUUGUUGAGGGUGGUUGAGUUCGUCAAGUGUGAAGAACUCCUGCCCUGUAAAUAAAUAAUAUUGGAGUGGCAGGAGAUUAUAAUUUGUAGUUUGGUAAUAAGUUGUUUAUUUGAAAUGGAAAAUAAGGGGAAUGUAUUGAUGCAAAGAUAUGAUUUUGGGAGAUUAUUAGGCCAAGGAAACUUUGCGAAGGUUUACCAUGGGAGGAGUCUCAAAUCUGGCCAGAACGUGGCCAUUAAGGUAAUUGACAAAGAGAAGGUUCUGAAGGUGGGGCUGAUCAAUCAGACGAAGCGAGAGAUUUCUGUUAUGGGAUUGGUAAAACACCCAAAUGUAGUGGAGCUUUAUGAGGUUAUGGCCACCAAAACCAAGAUUUACUUUAUCAUGGAAUAUGCCAAAGGUGGUGAGCUCUUUAACAAGGUGGCCAAGGGAAGGCUCAAGGAAGACAUUGCUAGGAAGUAUUUUCAGCAAUUGAUUUGUGCUAUUGAUUUUUGCCACAGCAGAGGUGUUUAUCACCGGGAUUUAAAGCCAGAAAACCUGCUGCUGGAUGAGAAUGGAAUUCUGAAGGUAUCAGAUUUUGGGUUGAGUGCGCUUGCAGAGUCAAAGCACCAAGAUGGGUUACUUCACACAAUGUGUGGUACCCCAGCCUAUGUUGCUCCUGAGGUGAUAGGCAGAAAAGGAUAUGAUGGGGCUAAAGCUGACAUUUGGUCUUGUGGGGUGAUCUUAUUUGUUCUGCUGGCUGGUUAUCUCCCAUUCCAUGAUUCAAAUCUUAUAGAGAUGUAUAGGAAGAUCAGCAAGGCUGAGUACAAAUGCCCUAAUUGGUUUCCACCGGAAGUGCGAAGGUUACUAGUGAGGAUACUUGAUCCAAGCCCACACACUAGGAUUGUCAUUGCCAAAAUUAUGGAGAACCCCUGGUUUAGAAAAGGUUUGAACUGUAAACACAUAAGAACCAAAGUAGAGAACAAGGAAAAGGUUCCAUUCAAUGCUGAUGCUAUUUUUGGUCCUAGUGGUAGCAACAGUGACGCUACUGAGGCAAAGCUGGAGUUGGCCAAGCCCAUGAAUUUGAAUGCGUUUGAUAUUAUUUCUCUUUCAACAGGAUUUGAUUUGUCUGGUUUGUUUGUGGACAAUGACCAAAAGGAGGAGGUGCAAUUUACAUCUACACAGCCUGCCUCGGCUAUCUUAUCCAAGCUGACGGACCUUGCUGGGCAUCUGAGCCUGAAAGUACAGAAGAAGGAACAAGGGUUGUUGAAAUUGGAUGGAUCAAAUGAAGGUAGAAAUGGGGCAUUGUCCAUAGAUGUGGAAAUAUUUGAAAUCUCCCCAUCUUUUCAUCUGGUGGAGCUGAGAAAGUCUGCUGGUGACACAUUAGAGUAUCAAAAGAUGCUGAAACAGGAUAUAAAACCAAGUCUCAAGGAAAUCGUGUGGGCCUGGCAUGGUGAGACACGGCAUUUAGAGCAACAAUAGUGACAAUGGCUGCUGAUGCCUUUCAAAAUGUGCUAUCUGUAAGUUGUUUUACGUUUGUGUUAGUACUUUCCCAUGAUUCUCAAUGUGUUUGAUCUGUAAUACAUUGACAGUUAUAAUCAAUAUAUGCAAGUUUGUUUGGACAUGUAGCUUGAAGGAAUAAUGUUAUUGUUUCAGCUGGGAGGCUUUUGAUUAUCUUAUAUCAACG